AUGGCGACCGCGGCGCGUCUGGACCUUGGGCGGCUGGCGCAGGAGGCCGCGGCGCUGGCGGGCGUCGUGCGGGGCUCCCUGGGGCCCGAAGGAGGCCAGGUCCUGCUCACCCGCCCGACGGGGGAGGUGGUGCUGUCGCGGGACGGGCGGCGCGUCCUGGAGGCCUUGAACGUCUCCUCGCCGACAGCUCGAACAAUGAUAGCAUGUAUUUCCACACACUGCAGUUUCACUGGAGAUGGUGCAAAAACAUUCAUCAUCCUACUCUCCAAUUUACUCCAAGAACUUGAAAAACUUUGUAGAGGAGAUGGUGCUUUCUUUUGUGAGAAUAUCCGAGGAAGAGAGAAAUAUAAAGAAAAAUGCUACAGACUCAAGCAAGUUUCUCAGUUACUUAUGAUGAUUCAGACAGACAUUCUGGACCCCAUAAUGAUACAGGACCUUCAAAGGCAUUUUCUAUCAGUUUUUUCUGUUUUUGAUGCAGAAAUAAAUAGGAGCGCUAUGUGCUCAGUAUUAGAAGCAUAUUUUUGUGGAAAAGUAGGAAAUAACAGACAAACAUUUCUUUCCCAGUUGACUUACGAUUUCUACCUCAAAGUUACAGCUGAUAAAAAUAGGAAUGAAGUACUAUCUUUGCUAGAUGAAUGUUUUGCUGAGUUGCAUGCUACUGUGACAGGCCUACCUGUUUCAAGCUCAAGGAUCCUAGAUGGACUCAUCCUUCAGAGAGACUUUACUGUAUAUUGUCCUGCAGAUGGUAACAUAAAAGUUCUAAUUAUAACAGAACCUAUCCAUGCAUCUGUUUCCAACUUAGGUGUAGAAGUUGCCAUAAUGUCUGAACGUCAGCAUGAGGCAUCUGAAAUCUGGAAUACCAAAAGAACAGAAGCUCUUAUACAGCACAUGCAGAACAAUAACAUAAAGGUACUAUUGUCGAGUGUAAAACAACAGGAAAUUGUUCAUUACUAUGCAAAAAAUAGUGGCAUAUCAAUUGUAGAGUGUCUGUCACCAGAGGAAAUCUCUCUUAUUUGCAGGAUCACCAAAAUAUCACCUUUUAGGCCAUCUGUGGGCAAUAUUUACAGGGAAAUCACUGAAACAGCUGUAGCAGUAUUUUGCCAGCCAUUACAGCUUGGCACCAGAAGAUUUGUGCACAUUGGCUUUGCAAAGACUUGUGCCCUUCAGCUCCACAGUGUGAUUUUCUGUGGACCAGUAGUUGCAGUUGUGGAACAACAUGCUUGUGCUUUUCAUGGAGCAUUCAAAAUGCUAAAGCAAAUGUUUAUAACCAUUCACCUGACUGAACACUGCAAAUCAAAAACUGGAAAUCAAAGUCUUUCAAAAGCAGUGAAUAGUGGUUCAGUUGUACAGCAGUGUUGUGUGGAGGAGCACACCAAUUGUAAUGAUGUUCAGGCCGGCACCAAGCCACUGAGUCCUUUCCCGAUUAAAACUCAAAAGCUUCCUGUCCCUUCUACUUUGGAAAGUUCACUUACUCAAUCUCAGAAAUGCAAUUAUCAAACAGAAAUGUUGAACGGGUCUGAGAAUGAAUUGCUUGAAGAUAAUCAACUUAUUUCUACAACAGUAGAGAAAAGCACCAGUUCCAGGAAUGUACCUGUGCAACUACCAGCCUAUAAGAACAGUUCUAGCAUCCCAAUUUGUGAAACCUUGUUUAAUUAUGAGGAAAAUAAUAAAAGCAAUGUUCAGAGAAAUUCCAACUCUUACAUAAGGGCAGGUUCUGUUGUCCCAGUAGGUGGGAUCUUUGAGAUCCUCUUACAUUAUUACCUGUCUUACUAUGCAAAGCAGUGCCAAUAUCCAAACAUGUCCAUUCUUUGUACUCUGAUUGCUGAUGUGUUGCUAAACGUUCCAAAACUCCUGUGUAGGACACAGAAAAGGAAUGCAUUUCCUCAGCUCUGUUUCAAAGUUACCAGUACCCUCAAGAAUGAUCAGCAGCUUUGGCUGAAUCAAAGAUUAGAAUCUGUGUCUUGUAAGUACCAAUUAGUAGUUUCUGUUCUUCAUUGUGCAGCUAGACUUCUUAGUGUUGACAUGAUUAUUGGUAUCAAAAGGCUACCACAGAAGGCUGAAGAGAGUGACUCAGAUAUUGAUCUAUGAAGAUGGGCCACUUGUACCCUAGCCAUGCCUGUCUGCCUGGUGGUUGCUGGAACAGGUGUUAGAACAAGCUAUUCCUCAAUCCUGAAACCCACCAAGUAUUUCUUGUGGGUAGAUUGGCUGUACUUUUAAGCAAAGAAAAGUAACACCUUUAGAGUGCAGUCGUACAUCCAUGUACGUGAAAGUUAAUCCCUUUGAAUUUAAUGGAAUUAACUUCUAAGUAAAUUUUAGAACUGCACUGUUGGAG